CCUGUGAUGUGGUACAGUAAAAGUUGGUGGUGUCAGAAUCGUCAGUUGGGUUAUGUUUGUUUUGAUCAUUACCUUUUCGUUUGUCAGUUCCAUCACUAGAGCUUCGUUAAUUUGCUUGUUAGGGGCACCUUAUUCAAUAUUUUCAUGUGACACAGGGUAGAAUGUUCUGGUUCCAUGACGGGGAGUUGUUGUUGCAGCAGCAGCAGCUGUGCGUGGUUUUGGGAUUUGAUUCAGUGUAAAGAGAACAUUAUUGGCCUUGCCAUGACUCCAGACAUAUAUCACGAAAAACAGAUAAAGGAGUUAUGUGCUCUUCACUCUCUAAACAACUUGUUUCAAGAUGGAGGUGCUUUUGCCAAGAGUGAAUUAGAUGAAAUAUGUUACGCUUUAUCCCCUGACAAUUGGUUUAACCCUCACAAGUCCCUUCUUGGAACUGGCAACUAUGAUAUAAAUGUUAUAAUGGCAGCCCUAACAACCAAGGGCUGUGGAGUGGUUUGGUUUGAUAAAAGAAAAGAUCCCCAUGUCAUUGCUUUGGAGAAAGUUGUGGGUUUUAUUUUGAAUGUACCAUCUGAAUAUCGUCUUGGGCCUGUCCAACUUCCUUUGAGACGUAAACAUUGGAUUGCCAUUCGAAAUAUCAGGGGAGUGUAUUACAAUCUGGAUUCUAAGCUUGAGGCUCCAGAAAUCAUAGGAAAGGAGCAAGAACUUACUAAUUACCUUCGAGAAGAAUUGAAAAAUAAAGAUAAAGAACUCUUCCUAGUUGUUACACAAGAAGUGGAACAAUCUCGAGGUUGGUGUAGUGCAAAUAGCAUUGGUGCAUUAGACCCAGAACUUAAAGAAAGUUCAAAGUGCUUAUUGAAUGGAGAUGAAUUACAAACAAUUGAAGCAUUUAACCCUCCUGGUUUCUCUUUCAUAGACCAAGAACCCAUUACUGUUGAGAAUAAUAGUGGUGGGGAAGAGCGAAGGAAAGUUGUUAUUAAUGAGGAUUUGUUAUAAGAAUAGCAAUAAUCAUUUAUGAAUAUAGAAUUUUUGAAGUAGAUGUACAGCCAUUACAGAGAGGCAUACAAUUAAAGAAAAUUCCACUCACCUCUCAGGGCUUGGAAAAGAGAAAGUCAUUAGGCCUACCUCACUGCCAUAGGUUAGUUUCAGUUUUGCUAUAACUAAAAAAUUAUGGAAAAAAUUUUUAUCAGUGAUAGUACACUAUUACAUUCCUUUUUGUUUGUGCUGUAGAUUGAGGCAACUUUGAAAGAUAUAUUGUACUAAUAGAAGAGAAUUUAUUAUAGAAAUAUAUUGAUGCAAGUGCAGAGUAUAUCUGUUAAUAUUCUUCAUUUAUUCAAGAAAUCUCUACAGGUCUGUUGUAUCAACAGGUAAGAAAAAUUUGCAGGACUGUGAUACCGUAGUGUUACUUCUUGGUAGCCUAUGAAAGAAGAUACUUUACUACUUUUUGGCUCUGCAAGAAAAUACUAAACACUGCAAAUGUUAUUUAUGUAUGGGGAUACCAUUAUUUGUAGUUGGCUAUCAAAAGCAUCUUCCUUAAAUGUAUGCCUUCCAGUUUUCCUGGUAUAUAUGAAAGCACCCUGAUUGCCUUAACAAGUAGCAUCUCAUGGUGACACAGUGGAAGCUGUCAUAUUUUUUAGGAUAAUUUUGUUCCUUUGUGAAAAGUAUCUUUACAUAUUUUCCUGAUAAUCAAAAUAACGUCAGAUUCAAGGUUUUAAUAAUCUUUUCUAAUACAAGACAUAAUCUUUCUUACUUAAUACAAACUGUAUACUAUGUACUGUAUUUGCUAAUAAAUAAAAUCCCAGAGUUUAUUAUAUUGCAUAUGAUCUUAAAUAGCGUAUUUGAAUAUGGGGAUUGAAUUCAAAUAUGAGGGUACCGUGUAGUAUUAUAUUCUGUUGAGACCUAAUACUUAAUAUAGACCAGAAGUAUGUCAGAGUUCUGUUUGGAUUUUGUACUUGACUGUACAUGCAAUGGAAUUUCAACUGAUUCAUUUUGAUAUUCACUCAGAUAUGCCUUGGUCUUGUGAUGGCUAGGUAGAUUGCAAAUGAAUAAGAAUUUGUUAACUUUUACUUUAAUAAUAGGGGUAUAAAAUUACAUAUAGCAGAUAAAUAACCUGUACAAGAAUGGUGUUUUCAUUUUCAGUUUGAAUUUACAUAGUUUUCAGGUGCUUUUCAACCAUUUGCAGGUAUAUACAUGGCCUUUUAAGUACAGUUUUUUUUUUUUUUUUGAUGUUGGUUGUUUCUUAUAUACCUAGGAUUGAUUUUGGCAUCACAGUGCUUUUAUGAGCUAUAUUGCUUUGUUUGGUACGACCUGCACUAGCCUCCUACAGAUAACGACUUAGUAAUUUUCCACUGAUAUUAAACUGAGUGAGGAUAAGUAUAACUGUAGAGUUCUGAUUGAUCACAGUUCUAACAGCAAAGCACUUUCUAAAGUAGUUGUAGCAUAUGUUACAUUUUAAAAAAUAGUAUAUAUUUAUUUAAAUUUAACAUUUUCUGCUGAAUAUUAUGAACAAGAAACACAAUUUCUGCAGCUAAGAUUUAAGAAACUGUAUUAUAUGUGAAUUAAUUACUAUUUUAGAAAUUGAGUAAGUAUUGUAUAGAAAUUUUUUUUUUGUUAUAACUCAUAUUUUCUAAUUAAUGUUUACAAUUUCAGUACAUUUAUAAAGUAGGCAAUAUAGUACAUAUACUGGAAACCUUGGGUUGUAGAAUUGGUGCAACAUUUGAGUGUAUUCAUAUAUUACAGUAUAGUGCACUUUAUAUUAUUGCUUUGUAGUUAAAAGAUCAUGGCUCAAGUUCCUACAUGGGUUUUAAAAACGUCAUGCUAAGUUUCUGUGGAUUUGGGUUUUGGUUAUUCUGAUAUAUUUGUGUAUAUGUGUGCUGUAUAUGUAUUGUAUUGUGAUGGCCUAUGGUUUGGAAUUUGUAGAUGUGUCAAAUUGUUUUGUUAGAGAUGAUUUUUUCAGUAAUAGGUGAGAUAGGGUAACAGUUAUUGUUCCAGCCAUAUUAUGUAUUGCAGAUAAGUAUUGAACUUGGAGACGAAUGAUUCUUAGUCCUUCAGCUUACUGUCAGACACACUAAAGUAAUUAACAGUGUAUAGAUGUGAAAAACUUGUAAACUGGUAUUUAUUUGUUAGUGGUUUGUAGUUGGCAUUAAUCAUUGCCAGAAUAAGAAUGCCAUGACUCAAAUAGCUAAUAUACUGUUGUACCAAUAUCUACUUAUAAUAAAUCAAUAAAAUAUACAUAUGUGGGCAAAACCAUGAUAGCUCAAAGACUGUAAAAUAAAAGCAUAGAAUAUUCUUAACUGGGGUUAGAAAGAAAUGCCAGAGUAUUAAUUUUAUUUUAUGUAUCAUGCUCGAGUAGCAUCUCAUAUUUUCAGUAGGCUUCCCAAUACAUCAUUACAAACUUGUAUACAUUAUUUAGAAAAUAUGAGACAUGUAUUAGAAGGUGCUAGUUUUAUGUGUAAUAAUAUUGGUCAAUUGUCUAAUUGUAUUUGUUAUGGACCUGAUUUGUGUGCAAAGUGUUUUGAUGUUAUAUAGAAAUUAACUUUUGCAUUGCAAAAGUGUUAUUAAGAAAAUUUAAAGAGAUAGGUACCAGUGUUCAUUUAGGGCAGUGAUUUUUAACAUUUUCAGUCCCCGUACCCCUUGAUAUCUCAGAAAAUUUUCUCAUACCCCCAUCCAGUAUAAAUAUAAUACAAACAUAUGAAAAGUAUCAGAUGUAUUCAAUUACUGAACAAAGGCACUUAUUUUAAAAUUUUAAAUGAGGUAUCAAUUAGUAGGAUACAGUGAAUGCACAUAAAUGAGUAAUACUAAUAGUGCACACUAACACAUUUUUAGUAGCUCUUUUGUUCUUGUUUCUCAUCAGUGAUGAUGUUUGCAGCACCAACUUUAAAUAAGUAAUUGGGACAAUUAUAGUAAGAUAAAAAUUAGGAAAUAUGUUUUAGUUUCUCAUGGUAAAUAUGCAGUACUAUUGGCUAUGAUUUCUCAUACCCCCAGGUUGAAGGUUUCAUACCCCUUGGGGGUACUGGUACCCCAGAUUAAGAGCCACUGAAAUAAUGAGAGUGACUUUUUAGAACUCAUUAAGGCAGUAUUUGCCAAGGUUGUGCAUCUUGAGAAGGAUAACAGUUUUUUAUGCAGUGUUUAUUGCCACAGAAAUGGAAAGGCCAAGGUACAAGCUGGUGUCAUAAAAAGAUUUAUUUACCUCUAAUGUUAGGUGUUCAUUGUAAGGCAUUGCCUUGAAAAUAUCAUUUUGAAAGUUAAGUGUAGUAUAAAUUUACGUUACUGAAUUUGAAAUGUACAAAUACUCAGCACUCAUAAAGGUGCAAAGUUCAUUAAAAAAGAACUACUUUGAAGGGAGGUGUAUACAAAAUUUUGUUGAAGAGGAACAUCUGUUUAUUUGCCAGUUUAAAAGAAGACAUGUUUAUUUUAUGAUCUUUGUAAUUAAAUUGCACAAGUACAAUAUAAUAGAAUCCAGGAUUGUGAUGUGUAAUUUUAUUUAGGUAACUUUUUUUAUAUAUAUGAUGGUGAUAUUUUAUCUAUAUUCAACAAGAUUUUUAGAUAUAUUGUAUUGAAAAUGUAGAAGCUUUUGUUAUAAAAAAUCCAAAUUUGAACCAUGUACUUAUAUCAACAUUAGGUUUCUCUUUGGAAAGAAGAGAAUCAUUAUGGUGCUUCAUUAUCUUUCCAUAACUUUGGAGUUCUUGUUUAUGUUUUUAUCAUCCUUUUCAGUACGUACUUCUUAAGAAUUUUUAAAGUUUAUUCAAUCUGUUUGCUUUAGUCUCUUAGCAUAGCACAAUAACUUGAUGUUUCUUCUGGAAGAUAGGAUUAGCUUGUGUUCAAUUAGCAACCAGAUGUGGUAUAGAGGUGAUGAAAAAGAGUUGCAAUAACAAAAAAAGAUAUUUGUCUACUAGUAGAUUUGUUUUGUAUGGAAUCUAGUUUUUGUAUGCCAUUCAUGGUCACUUUAAUUGUAAAUUCUUUAGUAUCUGUAAAAGGUAUGGUAAAUCAACCAAUAUACAGUAUUUCCUAAUCUUUGUAUGAUUGAAUUAUUUUUGGAAGCAUUUGUGUUCUUUGAUGUCUGAAUUUGAAAAAUAUUCAGUGCUGCAAUAUUCCCUAUUUUAUAUAGUAUUUCUGUGUGGUAAAAGCUAGUCUUAAUAUAGGUUCGGGAUUCAUUGUGUAUUGGAAUGUGCCAUAAGUUACUGUACACAUGCAACUUACUUAGCUUUUUAUUAUACAUUGGUUGUACACAGUUUAUUAUAUAAUAAUAAUAAUAAUGCCAUUUUUUCCAUGUAGACAGCUUAUAAUCACACCAGAUGAAUUUACAAUGAUGUUUAGUAAAUGCAUAAGUCUGUGAAAUGUUUGAAAAAUAAACAUGAGAAAAUAACUUUUUGGAGAAAACUUUAAAUAAUCAAAGUAUAUUAUAGCUACUCAUAGACAGGGGUGCAGUGUCAAUUUUAUAGGUGCCGGAGCUCUUUAGGGCCUGACAAAUGUCUGCCAUUUCCUAUACAGUUUAUAUGUAUGUCACAUUUCAUGUUUGCAUUCACUAAUUACUUUUUAAAUAUAUAAAAAUCGAAAUACUAUCCAAGCCUAAUGAAAAAGCAGAAAAUGUUGUAAUAUUUAUCAGCUUAUAAGUAAUGUCUUAUUAAUAUUUUCUUGCUGUCAUCAACAGGUUCUCACAAGCAUCCAUCCUUUCUUCAUCUUUCCUUCUCUCACAUCACACCAUCUGCUUGCAGAGGUGCCAGAGCGGUGCUCCAGUGAGCUCUGGCAGCACUGUACCCCUGCUAAUAGAUUACUAAUAUUUUAUUUUGAAUACUGGAAGUCAUAUGGACUCAAGCAAUUAAAAUGUCUGGCUUUAUAAAGUCUUGGAUUUUAAUUUUUUUUAGUAUGCACAACAUUAGAAGCACUUGUCAUGCACGGAUUGUAAGUCUGCAUUUUAAGGAUUUUUCAAUACAUAGGGAAUUAUCAAGAAUAUACUUAAAAUGCUUAGGAGAAAACCAGUUGAUACAAUAUUUUUUAUUAAAUAUUAAAAAGUAA